AUGUGGAGUAUUGACGUCCUCGGCUCAAGCCAUGAAACAUCGCCGGAAAUCCAGGCAGAUGCUGAGACACAGUCUAUCGCCCAUCAGAACGAUAAUGCUGAUGCUGUAUCGGACGCUCCCGCUAUCGCCAAUUCUCAUGCUGCCGCCAACACUGCCCCUACUCCAUCGGCGUACACAGAAACAACCGACGCUGCUGCCACAGCUAGUCCCUCCGGAGCUGGGAACCGAGAAGAGAACACCAACGAGACUACCGACAGCCCAAGUACCGCGCCAUCGCAACACACACCUUACCCAAGUGUCCUUUGCCUUGCUGGCACCAGUUCUGUUGGGACCAACAAUGACCCUGUGAGCGUCAGCAACACUGCUCCUUCUGCCUCUGACGCUGGUGCGCAGACUGCUCAGAACACAAAGACACCUGGAUCAAAGCCUUCCGGUACACCCACCACGGAGACUGAAACUGUGACCCAAACCGGCACUGCUGCAAGCAGCACGAGCACGUAUAACGGUGAUGAGGACAAUACUACCCUGCUCAGUUCCUGGAGUGACUUCGGCAGUUUCAUGGAUGGCUUGAAGGGUCUUCUCUCUCCGACUUUGCUAGAAGAUAUUGAGUCGUUCUUCCAUCAUGUUGCUUGGUUGCUUGAUGACCAGACAACCACAAACACCAAGAAUCUGAUCAACACUGCUUCUGGACUUCUCACAAGCAGCCUUAUAAAUAAGCUGGAGAGACUGCUGGACAGUGCUAGCGAUCUCCUGACGCCCGAAGUGGUUCAGAAUCUUAAGCAACUGCUUCCUGAACUCUCGCCCCAGCUUCUGAAGGAAGCCAGCAGUCUGCUCGAUAAUGCCAACAAACUUCUGACUCCAGAAACCACGUCCGAACUGCAGAAGUUGAUCUCCACAGUCGCGCCAGUCAUCAAACCAGAGCUGCUUCAAGAAGUCAACAGCUUGUUAAGCAACGGUAACAACCUUCUCACUCCCCAGUUUGUCGACGAGACCAAGUCGUUGAUUGGAUUUGUGGCACCGGUCAUUACCUCCGAGUUACUGAAGGAGGUGAACUCCCUACUGUCGAACGGCAAUGAUUUGCUUUCGCCUGACUUCAUUGAAGAGACCAAGUCAUUGAUCGGCACUGUGGCGCCAGUCAUUACUCCCGAGCUCUUAAAGGAAGUUAACUCCUUGCUCUCUAACGGCAACAAGCUACUGUCGCCCGACUUCGUCAACGAGACCAAGGGACUGAUUGGCACAGUCGCGCCAUACAUCACCCCCGAUCUUCUCAAGGAAGUGAACGCGCUGCUCUUGAAUGCAAAGAGCCUCCUGACCGAGAAGACUACUAAGGAGCUGAUCAAUCUUCUGAAUAUGCUUGGGCCAGUUCUGACACCAGGGCUGUUGCAAAAUGUGUCUCGGUUGCUGGGUAACGGUACAACACUACUUAACCCCGAUUUCGUCGACAAGACUGCUGUGUUGAUUGAUGGUAUUGCACCUGUUAUCACGCCCAAGCUUCUGGGCCAGGUUGGCGGAUUGCUCAACAAUGCGGACGAUCUUCUCACCAAGAAGUUUAUCAACGAGACACAACUGUUGAUUGAGGAUGCUGCCGAUAUUCUCCCUCUGGUCACAGAGUUGUUGAAUUCGCUGUAA